CCCCAGGCGUCAAGUGUCCUGAGGACAAGUCCCGGGCCAGGGCGUCAUGGAGCCUCGAGGGGUGCUGCUAAGCGCGGAGGCGUCGGGACCGGCGCCCUCGGAAGAGCCCUGGGCAGCCGGGGAGCAGCCCGCCGCGGGAGCGCCCCUCAUGGAGGGCGGCUGCGUGGCGGCGGCCCCGAGACCCGACGCCGAGCGUGGGUCCUCGCAGGAGCAGACCACCCCGCGGGAGCAGGAGGCGCAGCUGGAGAGCCGCCGCCGCGCGCGCUCCUUCUUGCUGCCCGCCGACACGAUCUUGCAGGCGGCCCAGGUCCUGCGGCAGCGUCAGCCGCCUGCCCCGGGGCCGGAGGGCGGCGAGGCGGCCGAGGACGCGCCGCUCGGUCCGGGCGACUGCUGCGCCAAGUGCAAGAAGCGGGUUCAGUUCGCAGACGCGCUGGGGCUGAGCCUGGCCCGCGUGAAGCACUUCAGCGAGGCCGAGGAGCCGCAGGUGCCGCCCGCCGUGCUCUCCCGUCUGCGCAGCUUCCCGGCGCGCGCCGAGGACCUGGAGGGGCUCCCCAGCCUGCUGGCCGCGGUGGUGGCCGCGCCCCACCGCGCGCCGCCGCCGCCCGGGCUGCAGCCCCUUUUCGAACUGCCCGGGCCGAGCGCCGCGGCCGCGCUCCUGCGGAGACAGCGCGUGUGCCUGGAGCGCGUGCAGUGCGCGGCGCCCGGCGGCGCGGAGGUGACCGGCUCGGGCCGGGUGCUGGGCUGCCCCGGGCCGCGCACCGUGGCCGUGCGCUACACCUUCACCGAGUGGCGCUCCUUCCUGGACGUGCCGGCCGAGCUGCGGCCCGAGCCGGGGAAGCCUCUGCCGCCGGACGCGCCGUCGGGGGAGCCAGGGGACGCCGAGGGGGAGCUCGACGCCGAGCGCUUCCACUUCGCGCUGUCCCUGCCCCCGGGCCUGCUGCCCAAGGAGGGGGAGGACGCGGACGCUCCGGGCCUCGCCGUCCACUUCGCCAUCUGCUACCGCUGCGCCCAGGGCGAGUACUGGGACAACAACGCGGGGGCUAACUACACGCUGCGCUCGGGGCGCCCGCCCGACGCACUCUGAGCCCGCGGGGCUGCGCUGAUGGCGUGCGGCGCCCAGGCAGUCGGGCAUCGUGCCCCCGGGGAGAGGGAGGCCCUCAGUGCAAGCUCCUUGGCACCCAGACAGAUCCUGCCAGCAAGCACGGAGCCCGAGCCAAGCGCCCUGCCUUCCCAGCCGCUUUGGCCUUUGGAAUUCUCGCCCCGCAUCGAAUGGGAAGAAGUCCUCAAGAUUCCGAGCAGUGACUUUCUCCACGAAUAAAAGACUCUUGAACGAGGCUGCAAACCUUUGGGAUUUCUUUUUAACUGUGGACGCCCCCUCAGCUCUCAGGGAGAGGUGGAAGCAUCGCACAGAGGGCUGGCAUGGAUAGUGGGUCCGCGGGAGCCUUCCCGUAGUCGCUGCCUUUUCUCUUAAUUGGGAUCUGGGAAGUGUUUGCGCUUGCAUACAGAUAUCCUUUUGAAAAUUUAAGGCCACCCCACUCCAGUACUCUUGCCUGGAAAAUCCCAUGGACGGAGGAGCCUGGGAGGCUGCAGUCCAUGGGGUCGCUAAGAGUCCUACACGAC